AUGGCGACGGGGGCAGUGCUUUCUGUCGGACAAGUCGACCAAGGCAAAGUCGACAUCCCAACCCCGGAUCUCACUAGCGGCACGUCCAUUGAGUCUGACACAUAUCCCUUCGACGACUUUACACUGAACUCACGACAGCUGGAUCCAAAUUUUGCGUUUUCAGCACAUCCAAAAUAUCUUUCACCAGCUCUUCUAGGCCAGUUUGGUGGAAACUCGUUGGUCCAGAACACAUGGGACAAUGGACCUUCUCUAUCACAAUUGAAGCCCGACGAGAACGAACAUGCGACAGCAUCACUGGAAUCACCCAUCAACAAGAGCCCACAUGAAGCAUUACCGGAAAACCGGACAAGGAAAAGUAAGCCAAAGCGAGGGCGGACCGUAGAGACUACCACCGUCAAGAAAAAUGAGCCCCGAACCCGACGCAAGAAACCUUCAGCAAAAGCCUCUGCUCAAAGUCAAGCCGUAAGAAAAGAGGAUCGGCGCGAAAAUAUGCUGGAGAGGAAUCGAGUGGCAGCGUCGAAAUGCAGAAGCCGUAAGAAAAUAUGGACUGAAAACCUGGAGGAGAAAAAGAGUCGGUUGCAGAAGCUGCACGGUGAACUCAUGGCCGAUUACUGGCGUCUCUUGCAGGAGUCUUCCCUGCUUAAAAGCAUGAUUAUUAGUCAUGCAGGAUGUCACGAACCAAAUAUUGAUAUGUGGAUAAAGUUUGAAACUUCACCGCAUAUCGGAAAGUCGGGUGCGACUUCACAAGCUGCGACAGGUUCGCAGUCUUUGAAUGAGAGAGGAGAUUCUGCAUCUCUGUGCGGUACCUCAUCGUUUGGUGGCGAUAGGACGGAAAUGUUACAUAUUUCAGAUGUUUCUGAGGGAGAAGAAUCAGAGGGGCAACAUGGCUUAGACGAAGAUGAGGUCGAUACUAUGUAA